GAGGAAACGAGGUCAAAAUCUGAACGAAUUCGUGUUAGUCUUUUAGGUUGGAAAUGCAUACCUAAUUACCUAUGAUUUAACCGUGUUUUUUUGGGAUAUAUUCAUUCGUACAAUAAGACGUAAUGGACGAAGAAGAAAUACAGCCCUCUAAAGAACCUAGUCGUUUGAGCAGCGAGCUAGCUAAUGAUAACAGUAAUGUUUUACAAGUAAUGGAUAAUCUAACUGAAUUUGGCGACGAAAACGAUGAUUCGGAUAGUCCUAUUGACGACGAUAAUGAGAUCAAUGAUGAAAAUGAUGCUGACGGCGAUGAAGACGGUGACACACGAAAUGGCGAUACUGCUGAUGAUACAAGUACAGAAGCUGAAAUAAAUGUUGCUGGGGCAUGUGCAAAAACUCCAGAUGAAGAUACUGUUGAGACCGUGAACGUAGAGAAAAAGAGGUUUUGUGAUGCCUGUAAAUAUGAUGACUUACUGGAAACUGCCUCAGGUUUCUGUAUAACAUGUACCGAAUACCUCUGUCAAAAUUGCUGCAGAGACCACAAGAAGAAUAAGCUAACGAGAGAACAUAAUAUGCUUAAAGAUGGCAUCAUGCCCAAAGAUGUUUCUCCCUUCAGAGCUAUACGAGACUUGUUGAAAUGCAAAACACACCCAGAGAACGAGGUUGCUUACGAAUGUAUGGACCACAAACAGUUGAUCUGUGUGUCUUGUCUAACAGGGAGCCAUCGGAAAUGCGACGACAUAGUCGAUCUGGGAACCAGCGACAAAAACUGUCUCGCCAAGGCGGCUGAUUUUUCCCUCGUCACUAAGCUCCUCGAUAGGCUGAAAAUCUGCACUCAGCGAAAUGUGGAAACAGCCGACAGAGUUAAAAGUCAGCGAUAUGAAAUUAAGCAAGAAUGUGAGGAACUAAUGGACAAAUGGAAACAGCAUAUUGAAACGCUUGGAAUUUUGCUUCAAACUGAGGCAGAGGCAUGGGCCAAACGUGAAGUUAAAGCAUCACAAGAGCGUUUAAGUCAAUGUUUAAAUAUUAAAAAAAAUAUUGAUGAACAUUGGGAUAUAGUAUCGGUGUUAACACUACAUGGAUCAAGGAAAGAGGUGGCAGUGGUGUCCAAGACGCUUACCGAGAAAAUGAACAUGUACAAGAGUAAAAUAGUAUCCAUAGAAAACAGUAUUCCAAAGCAGUUACUUCUGCGCAAGACAGAGCCAUGUAAUGUGCUCCAGUCACUUGGCUCAGUUUCUCUUCAAAUAGGUGAUGCUCCAAUAGAGACAAAUGUUAAAUCACCUGAAAACAUCUGUAAUGCUAAAGGCACAGAGGCAAACGUGUCAGAAGAAGCAAAUGCAACUCCAAGGGAACUGAUGAAGAGAAAAAUUGACAGUGGUAAAAUGUAUGAAGUGAAAACCACCACUGAUGCAAAAACGUGUUCAAUAGUUGCUAUAAAGACUGUAUCAGACGGACAAAUUGUUGUUGCUGACCAAGGGAAUGAAAAGUUGAAGCUGCUAUCAAGAGCAUUAGAUCCACUCACAGAGAUUAAACUUCCAGGUGUGCCAUCUGAUAUGUGUUGCCUUGGAAACGAGGUAUUCCUCUGUUUUCCCGAAUUAAAAAAGAUAUAUAGGUACACAGUUGGCCCGUCUGUAAUUCAAGAACCAUCAAGCUACGCAACUAAAAGGCCUCCUGUUAGUUUGUCAAUGUUUGAUGAAGAACGUCUGAUUAUUCUAUUUAGAACGAAAAGCACUUCUGAUGAAUCACAAUCCGAUGAUGUGGCCAUAGAAGUAAGAGAUGGCAAUCGCAUAAAUGCAACACUUGAACACUCUGAGGAUGAAGAUUUCAACACCGUUAAAGAAGGUCAGUGGGUCAUGCGUUAUGACGAGUCUUUAAUCAUCUUGGCAGAAAAUGAGAAAAUUUCUUGCUACAUAGUUGAUGAAGUUGAAAAGUGGCUCCUUUUUAAAAAAAGAACCCGUGUGUACAAUUCAAGCAAGAAAAGAAGAUUAAAGAAACCUAGAGGAUUGUGCCAAGACCCGGAAGGAAAUUGCGUAUACGUCUGUGGCGAGGAAUCAAAUAACGUUCACGAGGUUUUGAUCCGGGACAUCGGAUGCUAUAGCCGCGUAAUUGUGAAGGGCGUAAACAAACCGCUGUGUUCCUACGUGGAGACGAAUAGAUUAAUCGUGGGUUGUCAGGACGACUUCCUACGCGUGUACACGUUCAUAUAAACGCUCCAACGCGUGU